AUGGCCGGGUCGAUAGAACCGACGAACACUGCGCGGGAUACACCAAAAUAUGUCUGCACUAUCGGAUGGGUGUCAAGUGGGCCGGUCCGCUUGGGAAUACUACCAAUCCAAGUGGAGACUCCGCGUGACAUGGUCCAAGCCGUGGCGUUUCUAGACAAUGGAUCGAAUACUACACUCGUGGCAGAGAGCUUUGCACGAGAACACGACCUAGGUGGACAAAACACCUCAUUGGCAAUCAGCACGAUAAAUGGGGCACGAGCAGUUCGAGCUUCUCAAAUGUGUUUGAAGUUAGCUCCCACAUUGGGGAAAGAUACGAAAAAGGUACACCAGGCAUUUACUAUCGCCGAACUACUCAUGAGAGCUUCCGAAAGUAUCCGGUCACUAGCGCGGCGCUGGCCUCACCUCCACGAUCUGCCGUUCGAGGAUGUUCCGGAGAGCCGAAUGGACAUAUUGAUCGGCUGUGAUGUACCCGAGGUGCAUUGA